GUGUGACUGCAAACAAGUUGCAUAACUCCACAAAGGGUGUUAUCCCUCAGGUAAGGUUACAUAGCAGCCUCAACUUGGGCUGCACAUGUAUUUUCUCUUCCCAGCUUGUCAGGAACACAUUGCCUGUAGAGCUCCACAGGCCACCCGCAACCUCCCCAUGGAUCUACUGGGAGCAGCAGUCCUUUUCCUGGUCAUCUGCCUCUCUUGCCUGACAGUCCUCUCAACAUGGCGGCAGAUGCACCGCAAAAGCCAGAUGCCACCUGGACCAACUCCCCUCCCCUUCAUCGGGAACCUGCUCCAAGUCAACACAAGAGAUAUUUACCGUUCAUUCAUGAAGAUCCGUGAGAAAUAUGGUCCUGUCUACACCAUCCACUUAGGGCCUCGCCGUAUUGUGGUCUUGUGUGGAUAUGAUGCAGUGAAGGAGGCCCUGGUGGAUCAGGCCGAAGAGUUCGGUGGCCGUGGAAAGCAAGCCACAUUUGACUGGCUUUUCCGGGGUUAUGGUCAGUCUCUUCUUGGGCAACCCUUGCCCAGAGCGCAUCGUUACUAGCACUGUUUUGGCACUGGACUUAGCAGUGGUCCUUCCUGUGGUCAUGUGAAGUAGAUUUUUUAUACCGGUUUCGCUGAGGACAGAAGUGAGGCUGAGACAGGGCUUCUCUACGUCAUUCAGACAAGUCAUAGAAGAGAUGGGAUUUGCAUCUGAAUAUUCAUAUCCAAGUAAAGGACCACUGAUGUAACUUAGUGGCUUUGCAAGCA